AAAAUAUCCUCUUCUCGAAGAGGAAAAGAAACGGCCGGUAACCUGGGCUUGGGCUGGAGGCCAGGGCAGCAGUUCCCUUACCAAGAGGGCGACAGCGCCGGACGUAAUCAGCACGCGCCUCCGGGAGCUCCGCGCGCAGGCCCCGCGGUGGCGUCACGGAUUCGCGACCGGGCCAGCGCGGGGGGAAGGAGCCUGCUGAGGGAUGCCCAAGAAGUUCCAGGGUGAGAACACCAAGUCGGCAGCGGCCCGGGCACGGAGGGCUGAGGCCAAGGCAGCAGCUGAUGCCAGGAAGCAGAAGGAGCUGGAGGAUGCCUACUGGAAGGAUGAGGACAAACACGUCAUGAGGAAGGAACAGCGCAAGGAGGAGAAGGAGAAGCGGCGCCUGGAGCAGCUGGAGCGCAAGAAGGAGACCCAGCGUCUGCUGGAGGAGGAGGACUCCAAGCUCAAGGGCGGCAAGGCCCCCCGCGUGGCUGUGCCCAACAAGGUCACCCGGGCCCAGAUUGAGGAGACGCUCCGCCGAGACCACCAGCACAAAGAAGCCCCGGACACAGCCGAGAAAGCCAAGAGCCACUUGGAGGUGCCGCUGGAGGAGAAUGUGAACCGCCGCGUGCUGGAGGAGGGCAGCGUGGAAGCGCGCACCAUUGAGGAUGCCAUCGCGGUGCUCAGCGUGGCAGACGAGGCUGCGGACCGGCACCCAGAGCGCCGCAUGCGGGCGGCCUUCACUGCCUUUGAGGAGGCGCAGCUGCCGCGGCUCAAGCAAGAAAACCCCAAUAUGCGGCUGUCGCAGCUGAAGCAGCUGCUCAAGAAGGAGUGGCUGCGGUCGCCAGACAACCCCAUGAACCAGCGGGCCGUGCCCUUCAAUGCCCCCAAGUGAGCCCAGAACUGGGGGAGCCGCCCCACAGGCGGUCAGGGUUGUGACGUCACACGCCCUCCUGCUGGGUCAGCUACGUGGGUUACAGAGAGGUCCGGGGCUGAGGCAAGUGUCCUGGGGGCUACGUGGCAUCGUAGGCCAUGCCUCCCGCUGUAGAGUCCCUGCUUCGAGUGACGCCCACCACCCCCUUCGUGCGCCCGUGGAGCCCUGGGGCUGAUGCCCAAUAAAGGCAGUCGGUGAAGCAGA